GUGCGCCCGGAUUUCGACGAUCGGCCGACCGCUCCGCUCCGCUCCUGUAGAGACAGUCAGUCGUUUCGAGGCUGCCGAGUUGACCGGGCGUCUAGCCGAGAGCCGUGGAGAGCCGCGUCGUUCCGGGGCUGUGUGUCUCUUUCUUCCUUCGAGACGAUCGUUUCUUCUUUUCUCUCUCACUCGCGUCGGCCCGUCCCUUCCUUUGUCGGCCACCCCAUUGAGAUUUCAACGGCGAGAACCAUGGCGAGUACCACGAUCGUGACGAUUGUACUGCUGGCUGUUAUCCAGGCUGCCAUGUGUGCCACCAACAAUUGCUCGCGCACAUGCUAUCCGAGCGAGUUCUUCCCCGCUAUCAAAGGCAAUCUCACGAAGAUCGUUUGGGCGCACGCUGUCAACAGCCAAGCGGAAUUGGAGAAAGCACUCUUGUCAGACGACGUCAUGAUGCUGGAGGCCGACGUCGUGAUGGGCAAACUUAACAAUUCCACCGACAUCAUCCCGAUAAUGGCGCAUCCACCGACCACGGAAAGCGAUCUCUCACUCGAGGACUUUCUCAACAUCAGCAACAACGGCAGCAAGGGCAUCAAGCUCGACUUCAAGUCCAAUGAAGCUUUCGAGAACAGCAAGCCUAUCCUCAUCAAAUUGCGACCGACCCUGAAACGUCCAGUUUUCCUCAAUGCAGACAUUCUUCCUGGACCGGUUAACGCUACUACCGUUCCGCUUAAUGCGACAGAAUUCCUGAAAGGUGCCAACGAAACCAUGCCGGACUCUAUUCUCUCUAUCGGUUGGACAACCAGGUACGGAAAGGAACACAACAUCACCAAGGGUCGAUAUAAUACGGAGCAGCUCAAAAAGAUGGUAGACAUUGUGGCAGAGAAUCGUGUCUCCCAGCCGGUAACUUAUCCCGUACGAGCUGGCCUCGCGGCGAAUGAUAUCGAUGGCGUGAAGGCGUUGCUGAAGAACACCACGUCCACCAACGCGACCUUAACGAUCUGGUCGUCGGAGGGCGAUUUCGUCGAUGCCGCGCAGCUUUCAAAGCUGAUCAGAGAAGUGGGGGUCGACAAGGUCUACGUCGAUGUGCCGAAUGACUUGAGGAGCAAGCUCAACUUCUCGGGCGCGUCCGCGAUGAUACCCGCGAUGAUGAUAAAUUUGGGCGCGGCACUGGCGCUCCUGGCCAUGACGAGGAUGCUGUAAGGUCGAAGAUGUGGGGAUACCAGACGUAGACUUGCGGCGAGAUUCACAAGAAAAGGUGGGCUUCGGACCCCUUCAUUCCCGGGGCCUCUCGAUGAAGAAAACGAAAGUACGAGCAAACGAUGAAAUCCGAUUACGAUCGCACGUCGUAAAUAUCUAUUGAUCGCGAUCGUCCGAUCGGGUCUUCGUCCGAUUCAUCAGUUACAUUUCUCAAGACGUUACCUCUCACGACAUCCGAUUCGCAGCGAACAAUUUCCAUGGCGAGAUAUUUUCCACGCGAGAUUUCCUGUCUGUCCAAAUAGAAAAAAAAACCGCUCCAUUUUGCCGAUACAAUUUGUACUUAAAGGAAUCGUUUAAACGAUACGCAAAACAAUUCGAUUGUAUGAAAACACACACACUUUCUUUUUUUUUAAUACAUUUGACACAUUUAGGCGUAACAUAAAAAAAAAUCCGCAUAUGUGUGGAUGCACGCGUUUCAAUUAUAUAUCGAGAGUAAUUUUAAUAUCGUUGAUAAACAGUAACGCUUUACCUAUUGUUAAUUAAUGUCUAAAGUUUCAUAAUAUUAUAUUAUACGUAUGUUAAAUAAAUAAAUUUAUCAACGUAGCAAUCACGUAUACGUACACGCGAUCGAUUCAAAAUAUUCUCGUUGCGUAAAAGACAACAGUUACAUACACGGAGGACGCGCGUCUUUGAUAAAUUGCCCUCAAAUUUUUUAUUAAAAUACAAACAGCGAUAAGAGCGCACUCUCUCUUUACGUAAUUUCGUAUAAAAUAUUACACAAAUUGUAUUUGCCGUGUGCGUACGAGCAAUUCGCGUCGUAUGUUUAAUAAUAUGUCCCUUCGUAAUGUUCACCACCCUGUACCUGCAGCGUUUAACAUAUCUCCGAUUUAGGUGCAGCAAGAAGUUGUAUAAAAAUCUCAAGCUACGUAUUAAAACCAAAGGUUUAAAAAAGAUGCAGUAUACGGUGCGAAAACGCGCACUGCGUUUGAUAAUGAGUCAAUAAAACAUUACACAAAAUUAUCGAGAAAA